CACUGUUCUGUGGGUGACUGAUGGUGAAGAUUGAGCUGCGUGUUUGCAGCACGGAGAUCCUCUCAAGGACCAUGGCAGACGGUGUCAACGUUUGUCAAAUAGAUUCUGAUUCCGAGUCUGACUUUGAGAACAUGGGAGAAAGUGAACCGGGUGGGCACUCCUUCCAGCUCUUUGGAGAGCCAGCCACCAGCACCCAGAGGUGUCCUGAACCCCUACAGAUAGGUGUUUUUAGGGCACGUCUGCCAUUUCCUGCCAGUGGGCCCAUUCGAGGCGAGAGGCUCGACGGGGAGCAGAUGAACUCUCUGCAGAGGCAUCGCUGGUCUGCCGCCACCUUAAAGGUCCUCUCCGCAAUGCCCAGUCGCACUGCUGGGAUGAAUAGCGCGGCGGUGCCUCCACGGCAGGUCAGAGGGUCAUCUCGGCCCCAGACCUCCUCCUCCCGUGAGGCAGAUGUGGAGGAAAUCGAAAACAAGAAGCGGCUGGUGCUCAACCUCCGCCUCUCGGUGAGCGAGGGCACGCGCAAGCUGAGGGCCACGCCGCUCAGCCUGGCCGAUAAGAUGGCCGUCAGGCGACUUGCUUUCAGAAACGUAGCGGAGCGUUCACUCCUCGGCAGAAAUGCGCGCUACAGUCGCCUGAGCGCGUGCGUAUCUAGGGCAUGGCGUCGUUGCCUGCUCGGCGGCCUCCCCGUCCUCGCGUCCCUCCAGUUGUGGCAUUCACCCAUGAAGAGACUGAGCGGGCGUUUCGGAAGCGGCGUGCUUUCCUACUUCCUGUUCAUCCGCAUCCUCCUGCUCUUUAACCUCCUCCUCUUCGUCAUCUUCGGCCUGUUCCUGGUCUUCCCUCAAGCCGUCAACCCUCCUCCUCCUCUUCCUCCCGGCUCUGAUCUCGACAAUUUCACCGGCCUCGAGCUUCUCGCAGGCACGGGUUACAUCUCCCAUAGUGUGAUGUUUUACGGCUACUAUACCAACACCGUCCUCCAAACGCCCCAGACGGUGCCGUACAGCAUACCUGCAGCCUAUCUCCUCACCGUCGCCGUCUCCUUCUUCGUCAUCAGCAUCAUCCUCGUGUACAGCACGUCCAAGUCCUUCGGGGGAAGUUUUCAAGUCCUCAAGUCUCACGGAAACCUGGCUGUACAAGUGUUCUGCUGCUGGGACUUUAAAGUCACCAAGAAGCUGUCUGUCAAACUGCAGUCUGAGAAAAUCAGCACUCAACUCAAAGAGCUGCUGUCCGAGGUGAUCGGUGGAGAAGAUGAAAAGAGCUGCACGCAGCGCCUCUGCCGCCUCGUGGUGCACCUGAUGGCGUGGGCGACAUGUCUGGCCAGCAUCUGUCUGGGUGCCAUGGCAGUCCACUAUCUAUCAGAGGCUGCCAUCAAGCAGAGUCCUUUCAGAGAAGCUGAGCUGCUGCUCUUGUCUGCUGUGGUGUCCGGCGUUAACCUCUUACUGCCCGGCCUCUUCAACCUGUGUGCCUGGAUGGAGAGUCACGACUCGCCCAGUGUUCGUGUCUAUGUCUCCAUCUUCAGAAACCUAUUGUUGAAGGUCAGUGUUGUUGGAGUGCUGUGUUUCCGCUGGCUGGGGAGAAUUGCUGUGGAACCAGAAAAGUGUGGCUUACAGUGUUGGGAGAGCUGUGGGCAAGAACUGUAUCGCUUGCUCCUGAUGGACUUUGUCUUCACGGUGCUUUACACUUUUUUGGGAGAGUUCCUGUGGAGGCAAGCUCUUUUCUGAGAAAUUCUGAAAAGGAAGAGGAUGCCAGUGUUUGACAUCGCUCGCAAUGUGCUGGAAAUCAUAUAUGGGCAAACCCUAACUUGGCUCGGGGUGCUGUUUGCGCCACUGCUUCCUGCGGUCCAGAUCAUUAAACUGUUUUUGUUGUUUUACAUGAAGACGAGCAGUCUAAUGCUUAACUGUCAGGCAUCCAGAAAGCCCUGGAGGGCCAGUCAGAUGACCACACUAUUCAUCUCUCUUUUGUGCUUCCCCUCGUUUCUUGGCGCUGCCGUGUCUGUCACUUACAUCAUUUGGAAGAUUAAACCCUCGUCAAAGUGCGGCCCUUUCAGGAAUCUCACCACCAUGUUUCAGUCGGGGCAGCUGUGGGCCCGGGAGCUGGAGGCCGCCCACCCCAUCUUGUCUCCGCUCAGCUGGGCCUACAACGCUGUGCUGGAGAACCCACUGUUCUUGUUCCUCGCCGCUGGAGUCUUUCUAUUAGUGCUAUAUUUUCACACUCAAGUUGUUGAUGGCCAAAGGAGGAUCAUCAGUCGGUUAAAAACGCAAAUUGAAAAUGAGGGUAAAGACAAAAAGUUCCUCAUCGCCAAUUUGCAAGCCGUUUAUGAACGGAGUGGUCUGGUUUCCCCUCGUAGAUAAGGUGGGUAAGUCUCAAUACUGUAAAUAACCUCCUUUUGUUGGUUGGAACACAACUUCUUGACCUCAUUUAUGAAAACUGUCCUUCCAUAUAUAAAAAGUGUUUUGUCUUUAUUUCCCCCCCCAAAAAAAAUAAAUGUGCUGGAAGAAGACAAACUAAUCCUGGCUGUUUGCACUGUGUAUUGUAUUAUAUUCAUUUAUACAUGGAGAUUUUGUACGUGUAGUUUUUUGUUGAUUUGAAAAAUAACUACAUAUGAAAAAUUAUCUUGAAUGUGUUGCAUGAAAAUAAAUUUGUCUGAACAUC